CGCCGCUUAACCAUUGCUGACGCCCUUCUUUGUAAUCGCUGUUGAUGACUGAUUCCUCGCAAAGCAGUGGUCGAUGGUUUCUCCCCACCUUUCAGGGCUAAGAAAGAUGCAUAUAAGAAUGAUUAAUUGGAUCCAGAAUACAAUGAAUGAUUUUGACUAACGCUGACAGCUUGAUUUUCAAUAUUUUCUCCAUUGCUCCAAGAACCUUCUACCCAGUUCAGUGCUUGAGUCUCUCGUGUAUAAAUACCCCCCGCUUGAGUCGAUGAAACUGCUUCUGUCACUUUUGAUUUGCAUCACAGCAAUUCUUCUUUCUUAUAACAAUAAUACCAACAAACUUAAGGAUCUAGUUUUCUACGUGCAACAACAAGUUCCUAUCACCUUGUCGCAGUACUUGAAGAACAACCUCACUACCACUACUCCCGACAUCGACACCGAGUUCAUCCCCAUCGUCAAACCGAUUAACGAAAUGGCUGUUCCCCGCACUAUCCGUCAGGCAUUCCUAGCCAUUGAGCAGGCUGAAGGCGCAGGUGCGCGUGUUCGUCGCUCCAUCGGCACAGCCAAGCUUCGCAACUUCAGUCCUUUCCUCAUGCUCGACCACUUCACCAUUGGAGCGGGCGCAGGAUUCCCCGAUCACCCUCACCGUGGCCAAGAGACCAUCACCUAUCUCCUUUCAGGAGGUGUAGACCAUGAGGAUUUUGCCGGCAACAAGGGCACUAUUGGACCGGGUGACUUGCAGUUCAUGACGGCCGGAAAGGGUAUCAUGCACGCGGAGAUGCCCCGCGAAAACCCCGAUGGCAGCCCCAACGUCGGUAUGCAGUUGUGGGUGGACUUGCCCAAGAAGCUGAAGAUGUGCGAACCCCGGUACCGUGACCUGCGUGCCUCUGAGAUCCCCAUUGCCAAUCUGGAUGACGGUCGCGUCACUGUCAAGGUCAUCUCGGGUCAGUCGCACGGCGUCGACUCUGUCCGGGAUUUGGCAUACACCCCCGUGUGGCUCUUGGAUGUCACCAUCAAGCCUGGUGGUCGAAUUUCGCAGCCUCUCCCGGUAGGAUGGAAUGCUUUCGCCUACACACUGUCCGGCAACACUAUUUUCGGAUCCAACGAUUCCACCCAGAAUAUCAAGCAAUACCACAAUGUUGUGUUUGAGCAGAAGGGCGACUUCAUCGAGGCAUCUGUUCCAGACAACGCCGAGUCGGAAUCGCGCUUCAUCUUGGUGGCUGGUCAACCACUAGACCAGAAGGUGGUCCAGUACGGACCGUUUGUCCUGAACAGCCAAGAAGAGGUUUACCAGGCGAUGCUGGACUACCAGACCGCAUCCAAUGGAUUUGAGAAGUCUCGUGGAUGGGAGAGCGAUAUUGGCAAGAGAAUGCGUUAGAUGGUUUGAUUUUUGUAUUAUGCACCGGCGUUAGUUUAGGAUUAUGAGCAAAAUUAUAAUAUUAUGUCUACUGUUUAUAUCUGCUGAGUAUUUACACAUCGGUUCAUCUAGCAUAGCACAACGUGGUUAUUCUCCAUGUUUCUGUAUUAUAAGUGGGGCUCCUAUCAGCACCCUACUAGCUGAUAAUGAAUCCCUGCUAGUCAGGGCACAGAGCAAAUAUCAUCCAAUGGAAUCCGCAUGUGAUGCGCAGAUUGUGAGGUUACAG